UGCGCCUGCGCGCCGACGUCUUCCCGAAGGACCAAUGAACGGAGGGGUGGGCGGGCAGUAGGCGGUUUCCGGUUCCGGUCGGCCUUUGUGUGUCGGCUGGUGUGCUACGUGUCUUGGACUUGGCCAGCGGACGGCGGGUAGGCAUCAUGGAUCAGGUAAUGCAGUUCGUUGAGCCAAGUCGGCAGUUUGUGAAGGACUCAAUUCGGCUGGUUAAAAGAUGCACCAAACCGGAUAGAAAAGAAUUCCAGAAGAUUGCCAUGGCAACUGCAAUAGGAUUUGCUAUAAUGGGAUUCAUUGGCUUUUUUGUGAAAUUGAUCCAUAUUCCUAUUAAUAACAUCAUUGUUGGUGGCUGAAUACCUUUUUAGAAAAGUGUUUUUCAUCUUGGGGAUUGGUGAACAAGUGAGGAUUUGAGACGCUCAUGGACUAAAAAUUUGCCUAUAUGUUUUGUGUUUUUCUUUCAUUUUUUUCUUCCAAGAUGUUUUCUAUUUGUAAAUUAAAAUAAUUUCAAAAUAGACAAA